UCUCUGUUGUUUCUCAAACAACACUAUUUUCUCCCUUUCCCCUUUUGUUGCUUCAACGAUGGAUUCUUCUUCUUCUUCUUCUUCUUCUUCUUCUUCUUCUUCGGCGAGGAAGAACACCAAAUUGUUCGUGAGAAGAAAACCUAGUUUCAAGAAAACCACAAAUUUGGGCAUGAAGGAACAGACCCUUCUCAAGAAAGCCUUAGAGCUUUUGGCUUUAUGUGAGAUCGAAGCCUGUGUUAUCCAUUACAGCUGUGACGGAGAACUCAUCCAGAUAUGGCCGGAGGAUCAAUCAAAACUCUCAAACCUUUCUCAAUUCCUAAACAAGAAGAUGAACAACGAGAAUAAGAGAACUCCUGAGGGUAAAGACGAUGGUAAAUUCUCACCGAGAGUCUUGGAGAUUGAAGCUUCUUUGCAAAAUAUUCAACAGAUAUUACAGGACAGGCGUAGCCGGCUUCUU